UGGUGAUAGGGUGCCAGAAUCCUUUAUAAGGCCAGUCCAAACUACACCAUCCACACACAUUCACUCCUGCUGAAUUAUUCUUGCUUCCUCUUCGAGAAACAACAAAGAAUUUGACUAAAGAUGGCUGCCAAGCUGGUCCUUGCUCUUAUGGCUCUUGCCGUGAUGACUGCCUUCGUUGUGGCCGAUGAGGAGGAGGAGUUCUUCCCAGUUGAGGAUCUCAUGGAGUUCGUCAAGAGAGGAAAAGGCAGGAACCGAGGUGGAAAAGGAAGAAUGGGACCAUUGACAAAAGAUGAUCUUACAGAUUGCGAAAAGUUCGGCCAGAGCUGCGUGUGCGACAAGAGAAAGUUUGGCAUGGACCGUUUCUUGGUGUGUCACGAUAGUUAAACUACUCUCACAACGAUCUGACUCCACACAUCUUGACCCCGCCCCAAUGACGUUUUAAAGUGUGCUUCCUUACUUUUGUUUAACUCUUAAAAACCAUCCACCUAACAGACACAAUUUAUUUAUACCACAGUAAACAAAAAGUUACUAUAAUGGUAGAAACCAUACCUUAUUUUCAUUGAUAGUACGUCACUGUGACGUCAUUACGAAGUGCCAUAGCAUUACAUUUGCAAGUACAAAGUAAAUCCAGACAUGCGCAUGGAUAUCUAACUUGUCCGAUCUUAAGUUUUCAAUGACAUCGAAAUGUAGGCCUACAUCAAUUUGUUAACAUUUAGAUUUGCAUGUCUCGGAACUUGUAUGUGUACGUAACUUUAAUAACUGACGCAGGACAAAAUCAGAGAACUUGAAAGCAUUUUAUCAGAAACUAUGUCCAAUCAAAACUCGACGAAAGAGUCCUGCACCAGUUCUUCAACUAUCAACAGUUUAAUGCUUGUAUUACAUGAGAUAAUGGCAUGUUUUAACUAAGUAAUGUACAACUGAAAGAGGUAUAGUUUCUAGAUUACCAGAAUUUAACAUGAAACAUGUUGUGUUAUUUUUGAUUGGUUUGAAAUAAAUUAGUUUUAAAAGCAAAGAGAA